AUGAAUUCAAAUAAUCCAACUUCUCAAGAUUAUUCUGAUUUACCAACGUAUCAAGCUGAUACUAUCUCCGUGCUUUUUCAUAAUAAUAAUAAUAACAAUGACCAACACACUUCCAUUAACAAUGUAGAAAUGUCUAAUACCUUCAUUAUUAAUACUUUGCCCGCACUUCAUAACGAUACAUUUGAAUUUUACUUUCCUUUACCAAACAGUGCACGUAUUUAUUACGUUACAUAUACCGAAUUACAUCCAUUAGAAAAUGCACGACUCUUGAAUAACAGCAUUAAUUUAUCUCGCAUUCCUGAUCAUCAGCUUCCACAUCAUUAUAAUAUUCAAUCUUUGAUUCGACAACAAAUUCAACAACAAGACCAACAACCCGUUUAUCAACAACAAAAUAAUGUUCAACAACAAUUUUUUGAUACUACAAUUCAACCUACUUCUCAAGUAUAUUCAGAUAAUAAUAACGCUUAUAAUGCAGCUUCAAAUUCAGUAAACGGAACUAUUUCUGAUAAUAUUCAAGAUACAGAAUUUCAGAAUUCUUACUAA